UAAUAAGCCUUUUUCCAUUUAUAACCCCCACACUCUCAACGUUUCUUCUCCUUUGCGCAUUACCCUCUCACUCCUCUUCACUACCUCCAAAACCCUUUUCCCUUUCCCUAAUAACUUCUCAUGUGGCCACCGUGGCUUAAUUCGCCCAACCGGUUCCGCAACGCUCCACCGCCGUCUCCGUCACCCUCGUCAUCGCCCUCGCAUUCUCGAUCUCGCUCAUUAAGCUUCUCCUGUUCAUCUUUCAAAGACAUUCAGAGCCUCCUCCAAGAAAAGCCGGAAUCCGGCCCCGCCGCUCCCAAAUCUCCGUCGCUCUUCCGCCGCGUCCGGAUCUCCACCGCUGUACUUCGCGCCUGGGGUGCCUCGCGCGCUACCGUCCCCGCUGCUCUUCCGCCCGGCCUUGACCAAGGCGUCGUAGUAUACUUCACCAGUCUCCGCGUCGUCCGCCGCACUUUCGACGACUGCCGAGCUGUCCGAUCCAUCCUCCGUGGCCUCCGCGUCGCCGUCGACGAGCGCGACGUCUCCAUCGAUGACCGCUUCCGCGACGAACUUCACGCCGUUCUCGGCCGCCGCAGCCUCGCUCUGCCACGCGUCUUCGUCGGCGGUGUAUACAUCGGCGGCGCCGACGACGUUCGUCAACUUCACGAGAGCGGCGAGCUCCACCGCCUCAUUGAACGGCUCCCGCGCUCGAAUCAGAACGCUUGCGACUGCUGCGGAGGUUUCAGAUUCAUAGUGUGCGAUGAGUGCAACGGAAGCCACAAAAUCUUCACCGAAAAAAACGGAUUUCGAAGCUGUCCGUCUUGCAAUCUCAACGGCUUGAUUCGGUGCCCUGCUUGCUUCUUCGUGCACCCGCGCCACACCAAAUAACUUACUUUAUCGGUUAGUCACUGCUCACAGUUCACAGACAACUCACGGAAGAAAUUAAAUUAAUAAUUUAUGUUUAUAAAUAAUGACUUUCUCACUUGCAUUUCAUCAAUGCGACUACAUUACAUAUAUUAAUGGAAAUCGUGUACUCUGAGGAUCUACAAAUCUGAAUAGGGUUACGGCAUUAUUAACUGUUAAUUAAUUAUUAAUAAUAUUUUGAUAUUAUUAUAUGGUUUUAAAGCUUAUGAUAUGGGUUUGAUUUGUUGUAAUGCCACACUUCAACACUAAUGAAACACUAAUUGUCCACAUGGUGCUUGACAUGCCGAGUCAUGUACUGAGUGACAGCACACAAUAGUAUCUAUGAGAAGUUUCGUUUAGCAUGACACCAAAUAAUCUGAAAUUGUUUGUUUGAAAUUGUUUGUGUCUGGUGGUGGAUGAUGCCAAAUUUGCUUCAAAGGGUCGAAACUGUUAACGAAGUUUUCGAUUCAGUUUUUGUUCUUGUUCAUACACAAUUAUCAUUAGGUAGGUCGUGGACAAUUGUCUUGGGAGGUGGGAACCGCGUGUGUUGGAACUCGUUUAGGGUCUGGCCCAUUCUCCAUUUCCCUGUUUUUUUGAGUACUGAUUUUGAUUGCUUGGCCCACUUCUUUUAUAGUGCAAAAUGCUCAAUUCUCAUCUUUUAUCACGUUAACAUGACCCCAGCUUAUCUCAUGAUC